AUGACGAGCCGCAGACCCGCUACACUCGGGGUCUCAAUCACUUUGUUCGUCAUUGCUAGUGUUUUCGUGGCCUUGAGAUUCAUUUCGCGUAUCUUUGUGGUCAGGAGAAUUGGGUUACACGACUAUUUGAUGCUUUUGGCAUGGAUCGUUGAUUUCGGAUUCUGUUUCGCGCUAUUCUCUGCGACUCGGUACGGACUCGGUCUGCACUCACAAGACAUUCCGCCUGAAAAUGAAAGUGCCCUCAACAAGGCUAACUAUGCGUUCACCGUUCUCUACAAUCCAGCGCUCAUGGCUGUCAAAACCUCCAUCCUGGUAUUCUACUUGACCCUCACGCGCAACCAGAAAGUCUUUCGAUGGGCGAAUUAUAUCACCCUUGGCGUGGUCAACGCCGCCGGCUUUGCGCUGACCAUGGUCAAUGUUUUCCAAUGUCGACCAGUGUCUGCCGCAUUUCGCACCAGUCUUUCAUCCGAUGCGCACUGCACCGAUAUCGUCACGCUUUAUCUAUCAUCGUCUCCCGUCAAUAUCAGUACCGACCUGGCGAUUCUGUUUCUGCCAAUGCCAAUUCUCACACAAAUGCGACUUCCAAAGAAACAGAAAAUCAUUCUCAUCAUUACCUUCAGCUUUGGGUUUUUCGUAGCUGUUGUUGAUGUUAUUCGAAUCGCCUUCCUUCAACAAGCUGCUACCUCUCGUCAGCUAGCUCUAAAGUCAAUUCACAUUCAAAAUGUUGGAACGGCAGAUUUCAGCUGGUUUGCAUCGCUUUCGUUCAUGUGGUCCGUCGUCGAAGUAAACGUGUCCAUAAUUUGCGGAUGUGUCCCAAGUCUCAAACCGCUUGUUGCUCGUCUUUGGCCCAAGCUAAUCAAAGAUACUAAUGAUACAUCCUCUCCUACGCCAGUACGGUACGCGACUGGGGAUGGUGUCACAGUGCCCCCGCCAGCUGUCACGCCAUCAUCCAGCCCAGCUGAUAGUAGUGGAAGUAAGCAGUCUCAGGCAAGAAGUGGCGGCGCUUCUACACCUCGACGAAGCUCCAAUAUGCCAAUCACAAUGCUGGAUUUUCUUGGUCAUGCUGAACCAGCUCCUCCAGACGCAGAGUCCCACACCCACACCGGCUCAUCCUAUCCAAAUAUUACUUUCUUCGAUUUCGUCAACAUGAAAAACCCAGAGAGUAUGCUCAAGUUCAAUAACAGGGAGUCAAUCGCACCAAACGCAUUGACUACCCUUUUAUUUUUCCUCUGGGGCUUCGCAUAUGGGCUACUUGAUAUCCUGAAUACUCAGUUCCAAACCGUCGUGAAUCUGGACUCUUGGCAUUCUCUGGGGCUGCAUGGCGCAUAUUUUGGAGGAUAUGUUCUUGGUCCGUUACUGGUUGGCCGCCCAGUCUUGAAAAUAUGGGGAUUCAAAUCCACUUUCAUUACAGGACUCUGCAUUUAUGCUUGCGGAGCGCUGAUAUUCUGGCCAUCCGCUGUCCUCACCUCGACCGCAGCAUUUACAAUCUCCAAUUUCAUCGUCGGAUUCGGGUUAGCUGUGCUUGAAACAGCUGCGAAUCCAUUCAUCGCGUUGUGCGGUCCACUAGAGAAUUCGGAGAUUCGACUCAACAUCUCACAAGGCGUGCAAGCAGUGGGUAGUGUCUUGUCUCCCCUUCUAGCAAAGAGGGUCCUUUUCAAGGAUGUUCAGGAUGUAGCGUCCCUCGUAAAUGUCCAAUGGACAUAUCUUGGCAUUGCCUUGUUUGAUGUUCUUCUCGCAGUGGCGUUCUAUUAUCUCCCAAUUCCGGAGGCGUCCGAUGAGGAUUUGGAAGAAUUGGCAAAUCGCCGCCGAGACGACAAUAUGACCAAAGUCAUCGGCAUUCCUGUGGUCUGGCUCACUCUCGCCUUAGGCGUUUGGUCACAGUUAUUCUAUGUGGCAGGUCAAGAAGUCCUCGCAACUAGCCUUGAGCGUUUUGUAAAUGCUGUUUAUCCAAACUCUUCUCUCGGUGCCUUCGACUUUUUGACCAUUGGCCAUAGCCUCUUUGCAAUUGGUCGUUUCUUUGCUGCUUUCACCCAAUGCUUCUUGAAACCUCGCUGGAUUCUCAUGGUCUCUUAUAUCGGAAUGAUAGUCUUCUCGGUCCUCUGCAUGAAUACGACCGGGGCUACUGCCAUCGCAAUGGUUAUGAUGGUUUACUUGUUCGAGAGUGGCGCUUUCAGCAUUAUAUUUGCCAUCUCUCUACGCGGCACCGCACGACACACGAAGACUGCGGCCGUAUUUUUGACUAUGGGAAUUAGCGGUGGUGUUUACUUCCCAUUUGCAGAGUAUGCCGCCUACAAUGCACGCGGUGCACCCUAUUCCUUCUGUGUGAUUGUUGCUCUCUUUGCAGCUGGUGCCAUCUUCCCUUUGUAUCUCAAUCUGGUACCAGCUGUGAAGAAGCAAGUCGAUCCUGUCCCUAAUGAAUACCUUCGUCGCCGCCGCCGUCGCAGUCGAGCUCCAGUGGAGAUCAUGCGUCGCGAGAAAGAAAAUCGCUCUGUCGGGGGGUGUUCUUUCACGCCGACGGAGCGUAGUCUCCAAUCCGGACUACCUCCCUGA